UAUGAGCGAGCGCGAUCGUGAUCACCAGUGCGUCGGCUCUUGCACUGUUACUAUUGCUACCGUAUCUGCUUACUGUCUUCUCCGACUAUCUCAAUUUUUCGGCUCUAGUGCGCUCCGAGAGCCAAUGUAGACCGUUCACUUUUCAAGAUAUAUAUACAAAGUAGAUCGAAGGAGGAGUGUGCGCGAGUGAUUAGUAACGUGUCGUGUUCGCCAAGUGCCGUCAUCCUUGCGCGCCCUGGAGGAACGAGCCAAGUAGAAUCCUCUGGUGCCGAUUGUUGCGCAUUCCUAGCUUAUCAGAUACUCAUAAGCCGCGGGAAAUGCAGCAGCGGCUCUCGGGCCGCGAAGUCGCGCUGGAGGAGGAGGAGGAGGAGGUGAGUUGCUGCUGUAGCUUAACGGACGACUGAAAAUCUGCCGAGAUACAAGGAAGCGGCUACGGCGGCAUGGACGUCAUCGGCGAUGGCGACGAACAAACCCUCCAAGCCAUUCUCGGAAGGGGUGAUUUUGUUGGAGGAAUUGAUAACGAGGCAUUAGAUUUUUCACAACUAGAGGAUUUCAUCAACAGUGAUAGCGAACAACCAGCUACAUACUUCGCAGACACUCUUGCUCACAAUGAGAACAGCCCUCCAGCAAAUCAUGGAACCAGCAUCGAGGUGACGACGACCAGCCAACAACUUCCACCGAGGCUUCCCUCACCAAUUACGCAGAGUCAUCCAGUCACGACCACCUGCAGUCCCGUCAACACGGCAAUACCACCCGGACCAACUUAUAAAGACCCUCAAUCUUAUGUACUUCCACAUGGUCUCCCAGAUAGUCCACCAGAUAGCGGUAGCGAACCUCCAUAUUCUCCACCUGGACAUCACGAGGCACGUCAUGUACAUUCACCGCAUCAGAAGGGCAGUCUGCCGGCAGAGGUGUUACUGCAACAGCAUCAGGGUAACACCACGAGCUACGUACCAUCCCUAUUACCGCCGUCACCUCGUGGAAUAAACGGAUCGCAAGAGCCGCUAUUACUAUCGCAUCCUGUGCUCACACCUCUUCUUACGACGAACACUGCAGUCCUUUCUGUCCAACAGCAGCAACAGACGCAACAGCAACAACAGCAACAACAACAAUUGGCUGCACCGUUGCUGCCUCUGUCACACGAACAACACAAUGCCAAUGGCAUUACAACAUUGUACACAUCUCUACAGUCUGCACCCAAAAAGCGGAAACAUAGCCAGGAUGGGCUUGUACACGUCAAGCAGGUAUAUAACGAACCAGAAUUGGGUACUGUCGAACACAGCUGCAGCAGCAGCAGCACAGGUGUCGACAACGAUGAAACAAAUGGCGAUAAUAAUUACUCGGACGCUAGUUAUCAAUGUAUUCGUUUCCAUCCUUUUCAACAAACUUCUUGGCAUGCUCUAUGUGACCAUAAUUUAAAAGAACUUCCAGUCCCACAUUAUAGAGUGGAUGCUGAUAAAGGAUUCAAUUUUAGUAAUUCAGAUGAUGCAUUUGUAUGUCAGAAAAAGAAUCACUUUCAAAUUACAUGCCAUGCGCAAUUGCAAGGAGAAGCUGUGUUUGUAAAAACCGUUGAAGGUUUGAAAAAAAUCAGUAGUUUUCAACUUCAUUUUUAUGGUGUAAAGGUUGAAUCUCCAACGCAAACUAUCAGAGUCGAACAAAGUCAAAGCGAUAGGAGUAAAAAACCAUUUCACCCAGUUGUGCUUUUCAGAGUUGAAAUGGGUGGUGAACGUGUAACAAAAGUGACCGUCGGUCGUUUACACUUUAGUGAAACGACUAGCAACAAUAUGAGGAAAAAAGGCAAACCAAAUCCAGACCAAAGAUACUUUUAUUUGGUCGUUGGUUUACAUGCUCACACAGCCGAUCAAGCCAAUUAUCAAGUAGUUGCACAUGCUUCUGAGCGGAUAAUCGUCAGGGUAGGAAAAGCAAGCAAUCCGGGUCAAUUCGAGUCCGAAGGAAGCACAGUGGGAUCUGAAAGUACUUGGCAAAGGGGAGCAGCACCAGAUAGCGUCUAUCACGCCGGUCGAGUUGGUAUAAACACCGAUAGACCCGAUGAAGCUCUUGUGGUUCAUGGUAACGUUAAGGUAACUGGACAUAUUGUUCAACCGAGCGAUGCAAGAGCAAAACAGAAUGUACACGAGCUCGAUACGCGAGAACAACUAAGAAAUGUACAACAACUGAGAGUCGUUCGAUAUCGGUACGCUCCGGAGUUUGCUCAACUCUCGGGUCUAGGCAUUAAAACGCACGAAGACACUGGUGUUAUUGCUCAGGAAGUCCAACAAAUUCUACCGGAAGCUGUAUUACCAGCUGGUGACAUCGUUCUGCCAAAUGGUCAGAGAAUAGAUAACUUCUUAGUCGUCAAUAAAGAGCGAAUUUUUAUGGAAAAUAUCGGUGCUGUGAAAGAACUAUGCAAGGUAACGGAUAGUUUGGAAACCAGAAUAGAUCAAUUAGAAAGAAUAAAUAAGCGAUUGGCUAAAUUAAAGAGAGGCGAUAGUCUUAAGAGCUCUAUUAGUUCAGUAUCUAACAUAUCAAACAGUAAAUACUCGUCAAUAAAUGCAAAAACUUCAAUAACGAAUAGAUUGAGGAAAUCUGAGCGUAACGAGGAACUUUUUUGCAGCAACAAAUUCAUACAGAUUAUUAUCGUUAUUUUGAUUCUUAUAAUGGCAUUCUGCCUCGUAGCUAUGGCCAGCUUGUACUUCUUAGAGUACCAAAAACGCAGUAGUAUGGAAUGGACGGCAAUGGCCGGCAGUGGUAUUCUCGCGGUUGGACCAUCGCAUAGCAAUACUGUUCAAAUACCGGUAAGCCCGGAUUUCAAAUCGAAGCCAUUACCACGAACUACGCCACCGUCUUAUACGAGGCAUGGAAUUCACUUGAGCACGAUCCUAGAUCACAACACUCCUAAAAACGAUGCUUUAACGACUCAUCCGCCCAAUGCCAAGCACCACCUAUAUUCACAAGAGAUUACUUGGUAUCCUAUGGGACAUCCAGGCUCACCUCCCAAGGUCGAUAAAAAUGACUUCCCUAGUAAUUGGUUGAGUAAAAAUGGACCGGGAGCUGUUCCAAGCAAUGUCGAUGAAAAUGAUCAAGCCACGGAUGUUGACUCUCCUCCUACUACUAAAGGACCUGUUGCUUUAGGAAAACCAGUAGAAUGCUCUUCGCAUUUUACGGAACUUGAAAGCCCUUGUCAGGUAUUCUGUUGUACUACUGAGAUUCAUCAAUUGGAAAAUCCUCAACACGAUCAUCUUUCAGAAAAGAAAUCAAUGUCAGAUCAUUUAGAGCAUCCAUUAAGUAUACACGAAGAAAAACGAAAAUCGAGUAAAGGACUUCAAAAUGGCAUUAGCUCCUCUGAUCCUAGCACUCAAACCCUUGUAAAAGAAAAUAAUUACAAAUAUCUGCACAAACGGAACAGGCGGAGCACAGGAAGUGGUAAUGAUUGGGGAGAAGUGGCAAGCAAUGCAGCUGGUUCUUUACCUCCAGAACCUAAACUACAGUUACACAUCAUUGCUAAAACCUUUAAUACUUCUUUAGAUCAAAAAUACUGCUCUGCUUCAGCACCAAAUGCGCCAAAUAAUUUUAGUUGCAUUGUGCCUUUGUCAAAAUACAUGUCCGAUUCACACCUCACACUUCGCUUUAUCGGAAUGCCUUGGUACUGGCAAGUUGUGCAACAAUGUGCGCCGCUUUCCAAUUCAGGACUAGACGAAAGUACGAGUUGCAGCUGGGGCUACGCGAAUAAUGCGGAACGUCCAAUGCAAUUCAACGAGAAUACCAAUCAACCGGGGGAUCAAUCGUUUUACUUGGAUGUUGCACAUUAUAUGCGCAAAACGCUGAGAUUUCGCGUGCCAACUGUCCAGCCGCAAGAUAACAUUUGCAAGGAAAAGCAAGACGGUGAGUUUAUAGAAUUUGUGCUACAUUUUUAUCGGGACUGUGAUGAAUGAAAAGUAUUGAAAAAACAAAUAUGAUCUGCGAAAUGAUUGCUUUUUCCAAGUUUUAUACAAAGUCACGACAUUUUCUCAUCAGUCGUUUUAAAUAUCUUGAUUAAACUUUAUUUGUCAUAUAAUUGUUUAUAUUAAAAAUUAUAAUAAUGAAAAGAAGUAAGCGAGAGCGAGAAAAUGAAAGAUCUCACCUCUUAUUACCCUGCAACGAUGCUAUUAAGGGGAAAAUUAUUGUCAUAUCACCUUAUCCAGUAUUUCGACAACGUUAACUGGUAUAUGCAUAUUCUAAGAGAAACGAAAAGUAUAAUUUUCCAUUGUAACUCCGAACAGAUAAUAUGUAACAAAUACAUUUUGUAUAUGCACAACUUAAUAUUAUUAGUGCGAACUCCAACGUAUAUUAUAGUAUAAUAUACAACUUUUUAAACGAGGACUCGA